AUGGGCGAGGAAGCAGCGCGGCUGGUCGUCCCCUCGCGCCGCAAGGAGCGGUACAUUGCGGUGACAUGUCCGUACACGGACUGCAAGGCAUCUGUCGAGUACCUGCCGCCGACUGCCGAGGCGGUCGCGGCGAUGCCGAGCACGCUCACGACGUUCUCGGUGACGUGUGUCGCGUGCCAGCGCAACUUUGACCCCCCUGGCGCGCCCAAGAUCCUGCGCGAAGUGCGUGCUGAGAUCAAGGGCGACGGCGGCAAGCGCGACGACGUAAAGAAGGCGUAUCGCAAGCUGGCGAUCAAGCUGCACCCGGACAAGAACCCCAACGACCCCGAAGGCGAGGAAAAGUUUAAAGCGCUCGCGGCGGCCUACCAGGUGCUGUCCGACCCCGAACUGCGCCACAAGUACAACGAGUUUGGCCCCGCGACGCCGGGCCUCCCGUCGGAGGACGGGAUCAUUGAUCCGGAAGAGGUCUUUGGCGGCCUCUUUGGUGGCGAGCGCUUCCAGGACAUUAUCGGUACGAUUAGCAUCGGCCGCGAGAUGAAAGAGGCGCUGCAGCAAGACUCGGAGGAGCUCGAGAAGCAGGCAGAGGGCGAGGAGCCCGUCAAGAAAGACGAGGAGCUCACUGCCGAGCAAAAAGCCGCGAAAGAGGCCGAAGAGGAGCGCAAGCAGAAGGAAAAGGACGCGCAGCGCGAAGAGCGCGUCGUGGCGCUCGUCGAGAAGCUCACGCGCAAGCUCAGCAUCUACUCGGAGAGCGUCGCGACGGCCGGCGACGACACGCAGGCCGACGAGGUGCGCCAAGGCUUCCGCGAGAUUGUGCGCCUCGAGGCCGAGGAGCUCAAAACGGAGAACUACGGCGUAGAGCUCCUGCAUGCGGUCGGCUUUAUCUACGCGGCCAAGUCGCGGCACUACCUCGCGGCGACUGGCAUGUUUGGCAGCAUCGGCGGUAUGUUCCACGCCGCCAGCUCGUCCUUCCACACGGUGCGCGAGACGGUAUCGACGGUACGCGCGGCGCUCGAGCUAAAGAGCGUCUUUGAGGAGCUCGCCAAGGCCGAGCAGGACGGCAUCACGGAGGAGCGCAAGAAACAGCUCGAGGACCAGGCAGCAGAGAAGGGCAUGCGCGCGCUCUUCAAGGGCGCCAAGCUCGAGGUGGAAAGCGUCAUCCGCGAGGUGUCCGAGCGUGUGCUGUACGAUGGAAGCGUCUCGAAGCAGACGCAGCGCCUGCGUGCCGAGGCGCUCGGCAUCGUCGGCGAGGUGUAUAUGAACGUCAAGGCGGAUCCUACCGAGGACAAGUAG